AUGUCUGGUCCUCACGCACCAGUUGCUCCGGCCGUGGGGCCGGUACAGUCACCGGAGAGCAGCGCAGACGGACGCAAAGCUAAGCGUGAGCUGUCGCAAUCGAAACGUGCCGCACAGAACAGGGCUGCCCAGAGAGCGUUCCGCCAACGCAAGGAGGGGUAUAUAAAGAGUCUCGAACAGCAAGUCCGCGACUAUCAGAAGAUGGAGGUCAGCUACAAGGCGCUCCAGUCAGAGCACUAUCUCCUGACGGAGUACGUCGGGACGCUGCAGUCCCGGUUGCUAGAGACCCAGGGCGAGUACCCGCCGCCACCCCCGGGCCUCGAAUUCACCCAACAGCCGCCUCCUUCUCGGCCCGAUUCUGGAGCCACCACAGCCCAAGCCGCUGUCGCCGCCGGCGAUCCCGCCGCUCCCGCGCCUAACCCAGUUGAAGUGGCAGCCCAGGCCGUCGCCGGCCUCAGCAGGGGCGAGCAUCUUGCCGCCCGCCACCCUUACGCUCAGCCGGUCCGCGCUGAUGACGACGCGACAACAGCCGAGGAGAUCACGCGCCAGCUGCAAGCCGAAGGCGGCUCUGACCAGUUGCCUGCCGUUCCUGACGGCCUUCCUGCUGCCCCUAUGUAG